GGCGCUCGCGUGGCGUGGAUGCUGCUCGUGGGAGAAUGUUCCGUCUGCCGGACCUCGGGCCGCCGUCGGCCCUGACCAGCGCGCUCGCGUCGGCGCUGUGCGCGCUCCUGCUGCUCGGCCUGACGCGCGCGCUUUGGAGCCUCCGCUGGAGGCUGACCAGGGACCCCGCCAGCAGCCUCCCCCUGCCGGAGGGCUCCAUGGGGUGGCCCCUGGUCGGGGAGACCCUCCACUGGCUGCUGCAGGGCUCCGACUUCCACGUCUCUCGCAGGCGUCGCCACGGCAACGUGUUUAAGACCCACCUCCUGGGCAAGCCCGUCAUCCGGGUGACGGGCGCCGAGAACAUCCGGAAGAUCCUGCUGGGGGAGCACAGUCUGGUGUGCACGCAGUGGCCCCAGAGCACGCGCAUCAUCCUGGGCCCCAACACGCUGGUCAACUCUGUCGGCGAAGCCCACAAGAGGAAGAGGAAGGUCUUGGCCAAGGUGUUUAGCAGGCCGGCUCUGGAGUCCUACCUGCCCCGCCUGCAGGAAGUGGUGCGCUGCGAAGUGGCCAAGUGGAGCUCGUGGCCCGACACCAUGGACGUGUACGCCGCCGCCAAGUCGCUGACGUUCCGCGUGGCCGUGCGCGUGCUGCUGGGCCUGCACCUGGAGGAGGACCGAGUGGUCUACCUGAGCCGCAUCUUCGAGCAGCUGAUGGACAACCUCUUCUCGCUUCCCGUUGACGCUCCGCUCUGCGGGCUCCGUAAGGGCAUCAAAGCCAGGGAGAUCCUCCACUCCAACAUGGAGAAGAUCAUCGAGGAGAAGAUGGAGCGCCAGCAGGCGCAGGAUGAACAUCUCGACGCCUUCGACUACAUGCUGUCCAGCGCCAAGGAGCACGGCCAGGACCUCAGCAUCCAGGAGCUCAAGGAAACCGCUGUGGAGUUGAUCUUCGCCGCUCACUCCACCACCGCCAGCGCCUCCACCUCUCUGCUGCUGCAGCUCCUUCGCCACCCGGCCGCACUCCGGCGCCUCAAAGCAGAGCUGGUCUCUGAGGGCCUCGCGGGCGCUGGCGGUUCACCCGACGGCGGUCCACCUCAGGCGCACCUGAGCCUCGACAAACUGAGCCGCCUGCGCUACCUGGACUGCGUGAUCAAAGAGGUCCUGCGCUUCCUGCCGCCGGUUUCCGGAGGAUACCGCACCGCUCUGCAGACGUUUGAGUUGGACGGCUACCAGGUCCCCAAAGGCUGGAGCGUCAUGUACAGCAUCAGGGACACGCAUGAGACCGCCGCCGUCUUCAACAGUCCCCAACUCUUUGAUCCGGACCGCUUCGGACCGGAGCGAGAGGAAAACCGGCCGUCGCGCUUCAGCUACGUGCCGUUUGGCGGCGGCGUGCGGAGUUGCGUGGGCAAAGAACUGGCCCAGGUGGUCCUGAAGACUCUGGCUGUGGAGCUGGUGGGCACGUGCAAAUGGACCCUGGCCACGAAGGACUUCCCCAGAAUGCAGACGGUGCCCAUCGUGCACCCUGUCAACGGACUACACGUGCGCUUCGCUCGCAGCGACCCACUUUGAGGACCCCGCCGGACCCAAAGACGGUUCCACCUUCGACCGAGGUCCGUCGUCUGCUUACAUGAAGGUGGAACUCUUCACCGCGAGCCUCGGCGAGGAAGGCUCUCUUUUCUAGCCGGACCUUCUUGGACUUAUAAACUGAAACCUCCCGCCCGCACUUCCUGUGUGGGCGGAGUCACUCAGGAACUGUGAAAACACUCCAGAACUUUCAUCACACACUCGUAGUGAGUUGGGGUGUCCAAAGUGCAGCGCCGCGGCCAUUUUCAACCCGCAUCUCCUUUUUUUUAUUGCCUUCCAAUAAAAUAGAUUAAUACUGAGACCUUUUAGACCUUAGGCUCAUUUGCUGAGUCAGCUGGAACACAGAGCUAAGAUGAUAGCUUAGCAUGUGCGUUGACAUCAGGGAUGUAAAUGUCACUAGAGUAGCCAAACGUGUACUGGAAUAAGAAUACUAUUACUUUAGAGCAGGGGGGUCCAAACUACGGCCUGCGGGCCAACUGCGGACCGCCGGCGUGUUCACGAGUUUCAUGAGGAAUCUUAAAUUUGAACAUCUGACCGACAUAAUUGCUGCAACUUUGCCGCCAUCUUGUGGACAAAGCGAGGAAUUCCGGUUCAUGACCAAGAAUUUCACUUUGAAGUGCGCACGGCACAGCAUUUGUAUGUAUGACCCAAUCCAAACAACCUUUCCCACUCAUGGUGCAAAUAGACUAACACAAAAAGUCAACACACACAAUCACAUACAACACAACCUGCUCACUGAACUUUGUGGAUAGUAUAAAAAAAAGUCCAAUCACAACACAUAACACUAAAUUACACCCGUUUAAAAUCCACUGCAGUGCAUGAUGGGAAAAUUGCAAAACACUCUCCACGCUUACAAACUUUCACAUUAUGCUAAU